GCGCAUGCGUCGCUGUGGUCCGGCGGCGACAACCGCGGCCAUAGAGAAGUUUUGCGCUCUGGCUGUCAACUUCCGCUACCCAAUCGUCACACGAGGUUCUCUUUGCUCCCCUCUCCCAGACGCGUCUUCAACCCAGGAAAUGGUAUAUACCAUAACCUUAACGAUAUGGCAUAGCCGUUAGGAAGUUAAGCGUUAGUGUCAAGUCUUUCUUUCUCUCCCCCCCCCGUCGCAGUAGUUGGUUUAGUCCCUGUGCGUAUUCGACAGAAGGCGAUGGACAAUUCCAUUGUUUCAAGAUGGGGGGGGGGGAAUGGAGCUUCCGGCUUUCCUCACGAGAAGCGAAUCUCAUUGCCGACGCUGGUUCGCCCGGUGUGAGACUGACGGACUGAUUCCUUAACCGUUGCGGGCGGGCUAUGCCGUUGCCUCAUGGAGAGCGGCGGGGUCGCCGUGAAGAGGACUCGAGGACGGCGGAGGUCCAGUCGGAGAAGCGACAGAGCCGCUUUGGGGGGCAAAAGGAGCCGAGACCGGACUUGCUCCGGGUCGCCGCCGCCCCGCAAGAAGCUGGGAAGUGGGGAGGAGCAAGACUAUCCUGAGUGUAAUGGCAGUGAAGAUGACUUGUUUGGGGACUACGACAGCUUUUCUGGGAACUCCUCUCUGUUAACCGAAAUAGAAGUUAUAGAACAAAAGGUUGUGCUUUCUCCUGACUUUGUGUUGGAUUCUAAAAGCUUUGAGAGCAGAACUGCUGCCCAGUUACAGAGUGCAGAACAGACAUUUUCAGAAAGUAUGACUUGCUCAAGAAGCGAAACAGAACAUGAUUUCUUGAGCUCUGGGAAAGAACAACAGGAGAGCAAUGUAAAACCUCAAGAUGAUGAUGAUGUUCUAGAAUGCCUGCCAUCAUCGCAGCUUUUAUUUCUUAAACAGUCCAAUGAAUGUUUUGCUGGCCCUGAUGCAAUAGCAGAUGUAAAACAAAAAGACUGUCAUAUGAAUGGCUGCCCUGACACGACUUCAAAUCAGUCUUAUUGCUACAAAACAGAAUAUAAUAAAGAUAAUGAACCAUCUACAAGUGAACUAUCUGCAAUUGCUUUGGCUGACCCGAGCAGGAGAAAAAGCCUUAAAGAUCUUCUCAAAAGUGCAAUGACUGGAAAUGCAAGAGCUCCAGCUCCAUUGGUGUCUAAAAGCAAAGAGCUCAAGGAAUCUGUUGAAGCUAAAGAGACUGGUCAUGCUGAGGAAACAGCUGAUGCUUCAUUUGUUGAUAUUGGUCCUUUUUAUGGUUUACCUACCAAAGUCAAGGAGCUACUGGUAAAGUGUCGAGGAAUUGAAAACCUUUAUGAUUGGCAGCAUGAUUGUUUAACAUUAGAAUCACUGAAACAGAGAAAAAAUUUAAUAUACUCCUUACCAACCAGUGGUGGAAAAACACUUGUAGCUGAAAUUUUAAUUCUUCAAGAAUUGCUGUGCAGGCAAAUGGAUGUGUUAAUGAUCCUUCCUUAUGUGGCCAUAGUUCAGGAGAAGGUUGGGAAUUUAUCAGGUUUUGGAAUGGAACUGGGUUUUCUGGUUGAAGAGUAUGCAGGAAGUAAAGGAAAAAUUCCACCUGUCAAGAGAAGGCUAAAGAAAUCCUUGUAUGUUUCUACUAUUGAGAAAGGACACAGCCUGGUGAAUUCCUUAAUAGAAACAGGACGAAUCAGUGACUUGGGUCUAGUUGUAGUUGAUGAGCUCCACAUGAUUGGAGAAGGAAGUCGUGGAGCCAUUCUAGAAAUGACACUUGCAAAGAUAAUCUACACAAGUAAGACUACUCAGAUCAUUGGCAUGAGUGCAACGUUAAGCAAUGUUGGAGACCUGCAGCAGUUUUUGAAAGCGGAAUACUACACCAGUAAUUUCAGGCCAGUAGAAUUAAAAGAAUAUGUUAAAAUACAAGACAGCAUCUAUGAAGUUGACAGCACUGCAGAAAACGGCUUUACAUUUUCACGUCUCCUUGAUUAUAAGUAUUCUAGUAAUCUUCAGAAGAUAGACCCAGAUCAUCUUAUUGCCUUGGCAACAGAAGUUAUUCCAAAGUACUCCUGCCUCAUCUUUUGUCCCACUAAAAAGAACUGUGAAAAUGUAGCUGAAACAAUAUGCAAGUACUUGAAGAGAGAGUAUAAAACCAUCAGGGACAGGGAAAAACGGGACCUUAUUGAAGAUUUAACCAACAUUUGCAAUGGAAGACUUUGUCCAGUACUGAAGCGAACAAUUCCUUUUGGAGUUGCCUAUCACCACAGCGGCCUUACCAGCGAUGAAAGAAAACAAAUCGAAGAAGCCUAUUCUUCAGGCAUCCUCUGUCUCCUGACCUGUACCUCUACCCUUGCGGCUGGAGUAAACCUGCCAGCUCGAAGGGUCAUCUUAAGAGCUCCAUACGUUGCCACCGAAUUCAUGAAGAAGAAUCAGUAUAAGCAGAUGAUUGGCAGAGCCGGUCGUGCUGGCAUUGACAGUGCUGGCGAAAGCAUUCUUAUAGCGCAAACAAAAGACAAACAGCUGGUUCGAAACUUAGUACACAGCCCUUUAGAAAGCUGUUACAGCAACCUCUUGCUUGAGCGCAACAGAGGAAUUCGGAGCUUGAUCCUCUCUUUAGUAGGCUUGAAGGUAGCAACCAGCCCCGAAGAAGUUAACCACUUUAUGUGCUGUACUUUGAUUAGCAUCCAACCCCAGCUUCUGCCUAAGGGGAAAAGUCUGUGUAAUGUAACUGUGGAGGCGUUGCAGUGGUUGAAACAAAAUGGGCUACUAAAGGAAAGAGAAAAGUGUGAGAGUGAACACCAACUGCAGCAUAAUUUAGAGAUCACUCACCUGGGUCAAGCCACUUACAAAGGUUCUGUUGAUCUGUCAUAUUGUGAUACACUCUAUGGAGACCUUAAGAAAGGCCUUGAGGGGCUAAUCCUUGAGAGCUGCCUUCAUUUACUCUACCUGACAACGCCGUAUGAUAUGGUUUCCCAAUGUAACCCAGAUUGGAUGAUCUAUUUUAAACAGUAUAAUCAGCUGACCCCAGUAGAACAGCAAGUAGCAGCUGCGGUUGGAGUGCCAGAGAGCUUUAUAGCAAAAAAGGCUUCUGGACAAGCCAUCAGGAAGGAUGUGGACAGCAGCAUUGUCGGUAGACUAUACUUGUCCUUUGUUCUUCACGCACUAUUAAAAGAGACCAACAUAUGGAGUGUGGCAGAAAAAUUUAACACAUCUCGUGGAUUUGUUCAAACCCUCCUUAAUUCAGCUGCUGCGUUCUCCUCCUCCAUUCUGCAUUUCUGUGAGGAACUGGAUGAAUUUUGGGUUUAUAAAGCUCUCUUCAUGGAACUUAGCAAGAAAUUGACCUAUUGUGUUAAGGCAGAGCUCAUUCCUCUUAUGGAAGUGGCAGGAGUUUUGGAGGCCCGAGCCAAGCAACUCUACAAUGCAGGAUAUAAAACGUUAGCACACUUGGCGAAUGCAAAUCCAGAAGUGCUGGUGAAGACUAUUGAGCAUAUGUCCAGACGUCAGGCUCGGCAAAUAGUUUCAUCUGCAAAGAUGCAUCUGGCUGAAAAGGCAGAGUCUUUACAAGAAGAGGCUGAAGCACUUCUGCGAAUACCUGCGGAUAUUCCUUGAAGCUUUCGGAUCACUCUUCAGUAUGAACGUGAAAAUCAGACACUUAAUUCACAACUCUCUCUCUCAAAAUAUAUAAAUAUAUCAGGUUGUAAAUAUAUAUCUUUGUAGUUUGCUGUAUAUAAACUUGAUUUUACAAUAAUAAUAAUCCCCCCCCCAAAA